UUUUACACUCCAUCAAUAGUGUUCUGUGCAUUCUACACGUCUUGUUCAAAAGAAAUAAAUUGAGUUAACUAAAAUAAUUUCUAUGUAAUAAAUAUUAUUUAAUUGAGUACCUAUGUUAUACUUAAAGUUAAAACAUAUAUUGUCUGGUGUCUAGCACUGCUACUAAGUACUUAUACAUUUAAAAUAUGUAAGAGUAUAAUGAAGUAAUGGUGAUUGACAAUGGACUUACACCAUCAGCUGUGUAUAAAUAUAAACUUAAAAGUAUUGUCAUGUGUGAUUAAUCAUGAAGAUAAUAAUAUGGCUUCUUAAAAUAUAACAUAAUGGGUAGGGAUGGAGACGUCCCGACAAUUUUUAAUCCGAAAAGAGUUCGUGCCCCUUCUGUUAUUAUUACAAGUGAAGAGGUGGAGACAGAUCGAAGUAUUGAUGUAGAACGUGAACGUCCGAAUGGGCCGCCAACUCCCCUCAGUCCACGCGCGCCUCUUACACCUCAGACUUCGGUCUCAUCAGCGCCGCCUCUCACAACGCAACCAUCAUUACAACAAACAUUCAGUGAAUCGGCAGCAAGCAGCCAAGAUGAAGAACGACAGUUACGAGGCAAGAAGUGUCCCCGAUCAUGUUGUUCAAAGAUCGCUAAGAAGAUCUAUUAUGGAGUGUGUGUUACAUUUAUAUUGGUGGCAUCAUGGGUAACUGUAACACACUGUAUUAAAUAUUUAUACUUGCAAGAUUACACCCCAACAAAUGGUGCAGAUUUAUCUUUAUUCAACAAUUAUACAUCAAGGUUUCUUACACAUCACAUCUACAAUGCACCCUUCUUCACAACAUGGUUUUGCACCAACUGGCUCAUACUUUUCUACCCAAUAUAUCUCUUGAUAGCACUCAUACACAACAAGUGUAAGUCGGCUAAUGACCUCGCGUGCGACGCCUUCAAUGAUUUUAAAGAAAAGGGAUUUACUUUUGCUCGUUUCCUAAGUCGCUGCGGGCUGUUCUGCCUGCUGUGGGUGGUCACCAUUUACAUGUUCACAUACUCGCUCAAGAUCCUGCUGUCAACUGAUGUGGUGGCACUUUUCGCCACCAACGUCUCAUGCGUCUAUCUGCUAUCCUGGGUUAUAUUGCAUGAGCAGUUUGUUGGUGUAAGGAUAGUUGCCGCAAUCCUGUGUGACACGGGUAUAGCCCUGCUGGCGUACAUGGACGGCAUCACCGGGAACUCCACCCUAGGAGGAGUGGUGCUCUGCGCGUGCGCAGCUGCCGGCUUCGCUAUAUUUAAGGUGCUGUUUAGAAAAGUGAUGGGAGAGGUAAACACCGGCCAGAAGGCCCUGUUCUUCUCGAUCCUGGGCGUCGUGAACCUGACGUUGCUGUGGCCCGUCUGCCUCGCGCUGUACCUCACGGGAACCGAGCUGGUGCCCAUACACAGCAUGCCCUGGCUGCACCUGCUUAUAGCUAGCGCUGCUUUACUAGUGUUUCAUCUGGUGUUUCAAUUCGGCAACCUGGUCACAUAUAAUAUUUUCGUCUCGUUCUCACUUAUCGUUGCAGUGCCUGUGUCAGGUGCGUUAGACGUGGCGCUGUACGGGGUCCGGUUCGAGGGUAUGAAGCUGUCGGGCAUCGUGCUGAUCACGGUGGGCUUCUGUCUGGUCAUGUUCCCCGACAACUGGCCCGAUUACAUCAUGAGGUUGCUCAGAUGGAGCCGUCGUCGUCAACGCGGGCAUGACGGUUCCGGUCGAAAUAGAGACACAGUGGAUUACCGAACCGGAUACAUUCGUUCACAUCUGAGGUCGCCGUCCGGACGCGUCAGGUGACCGACUCGACACCGACACAAACAUUAGUACGUACUUUAAUAUUUUUAUGAGACCGUACGAUUCAGAACUCAUGGGGCGUGUUGAUUUUAAGAAACUGUAUCUAAGUAACUAUAUUAUUGACACACACUUUUACACAAAUUAUCUUGGCCCAAACUAUGCAUUGCCUGUAUUAUAGGUACAAGACAAGGAUAUAUAUAUAAUACUAAACAUACAUAAAUACAUAUAAACAUCCAUAUUCAUCAUAUAAAUGUUUGCACCUACCGGAAUUCGAAUCCGGAACCUCUAGCUCAGUAGGCAGGGUCGCUAACCACUGGGCUGAAUGGGUACUAUUAAAGUAACUAUAACAACCUUGCAAAUAAACUUGGUAUAAAGUUAUACCUGAGAAUAAACCAAGAAUUUGAAAAAAGUUGACUUAAUGACUGACAGCACUGAUAAUUGUGAAGUUUACCGAAUGUCAAUUAGCCAUGCAAAUAAACGAACGGGAAACGAAUAAACCAAACAUAAGCAAAAUGUCUAACUAAAUUUUGCAUAUUCUUGGUUUAUUCUUAGGUAUAACUUUAUGUAAAUGUAAGGCCGUAGGGAAUGGGUUUGCUUUGUGGUGAGUCCAAGUCAAGUUCCAAGGCUUGAGAUGGCUUCUAUCAAUUACGACCUUCGUAAAAUAAAUGUUUAUAUGUUAUGUAAAAUCCCAGCUCCCUCUUGCCCUUUCUGAAAGGAAUCUCUCCAUCGCCCGCGGGAGAUUUAAUCUUAUAAGUUCUUACUGGUUAUUUGGUAUAUAUAUCCCAAAAUUAUCAAUAAUGAUAAUAUACAUUGUUUGUUUUAAAAUGUAUUAACUUAAACUCCCCCACUAUGUUUUUAUUGUAUUUUAGGUAUCCACCCCCAUUUUGUGCUCAUAUAAUAAAGUAUUCUCUAUAGCACCAUCCACGCAAAACUGCCCCAUCAGUUCUGAAUAUUACUAAUUUAACAGGUUUAGUUUUUAUUUUGAAAAAUUUUGCCGACACGAGUUGUUAUGAUCUUGUCAUACUUACGGGCAUGCAUUGCACAUCCUUUAACUAUACUAUAACUAUCUUAAUUCGGCCGUAUAAAUAAACUUGGUAUAAAGUUAUAACUGAUGAUAAACAAAGAAACUUCAAAAUGUUUACAAUAUCGUUGACAACACUAUUAAUACAAUGAUAAUUCUGAAGUUUUCCGAAAGACAAGCUGCCUUCCAAAUAAACGCGGUAAACGUAAUAUGUCCGAACAAACCAUUCGUAAGCAAAAUGUCUAUUUGUAAACAUUUUAUGCUUAGUUAUAACUUUAUGCCAAUUUUAUUUGUAAGGCCGAUUAUGUUUAAUUAUAAAGUUCAGUCAUUGGUUCUUACGACACGUGCCGGCAAUCUUAUUGUUCAAUAAUUUUUAACUUUCAAAACUUAAUUCAAAUGUCACAUAAUGUAAAUUAAUUAUUUCUUGAUGUGUCUUAACACAAAAUACGCUACGCUUCAAUCUUCAACACUUAAGGUGCGUACAAAUUGCGAGAGCUCAUGUUCGACCCGAGCUGACCUUCAUUUUGCGAGCCAAUAUGUUGAUAUAAAUUUAGUAGAAAAAUAUUGCCGCGCGGCAAGGCAGGCAGUCGAUCUAGCUUGAACAACCCGCGGCACCUGGAGAUUAAUAUCUAGCCUGCAAUACCUUUUUCGAGUAUGAAAACGAUCAAUUGUCCAUUUUUACGUAUUCGCCGCGAGAGCCGACCAAAAACAACCGACUGCGCGCGAGAGAACCAUAGAAGCUCCUUUGAUACGGUCUGAAAAACCAACCCCAUCUAACUAUGUUCUGUGGAGUGCUGCGCGUAGUUUGUAUGCACCUUUAUUGUUCUUUGGAAAGUUUCCAACCGAUAUUAAAAUCAAGAAUGGAAAUAUUUGUUAUAAUUAUUCAUUGAGAUGAAUGUGAGAAUGUGGUGCAAAUUGGUAAUUAUUAAUCGCACAUUGAGAAUCUAUUUACAAAUUAUCUAAACUUCUUAUUUAAGCAGUAAUAAUUGUAGAACCCAUAUUUACUCUGUAGUUUAUGAAGAGCACAAGCAAGGUACAUAUUGGCGGAUUUGAUCAGUUUAAUGCAUUUGUCUUAUAUAAAUAAAUUACUUACUGCGGAAAAUCAGUAAAAACAGUUCUUUAUCCCGUUGUUUCAAACGCAUAAAAGAGAGAUAUUCCAAAAAUUACUAUAAAACUCCGAUACCUUUCUUAUGCUCUGAAAUGGAAAGUUAGAAAUUGAAUGCAAAACGAGAGUAGGUGUAAAUUAGUGAGUUACGUUGAACGAAUCAAUUGUAGAAUGUUGUAAGGUAAAUGAUUAUUGUUAGUGGCGUUUUACUGGUCAUAUUCAUUGAUUUUAUUAGAGUUAUAUUUUUGUAGUUUUGUAAAUGUAUGCUCAUUUGUAAUGUAAUACUGCCAAGAAACAUAUUAUUAAUGAAUGGACAAUAGACAUGUUACAUUGCUCCGUACUGUAAACUUAUUUGACACAUAUAAUUUAAGUAAAUAAUCAUGUAAGCACCGGUCUAUGUACCUUACGAAAUUGUUAUGGAGGUUUUACCAUCCUUAUGAUACUUAGUAAAUACAAGAGGGUACAUUCAUUGAAGUCAUGGAUUCUAUUCUUUGAAUGCGAAUGUUGUUCGCUGCUUGACUAAGUCAAUAAAUCAGUCAAUCCAAACAAAAAUAAAGUUGUCACUGCGAAAUACUCACGGAAAGAUGAAAUCAUUUGCUCAGUGUAUACGUCUUUUCAAUUAUAUACCUGCUGUAACCUACUUACUAAGAAUUAAACACACACACACAUUUAAUUCUUAGUUAUUAUAGUUAUGUUUAAUUUGUCUUUGUCAUUCGUCGAGGAAUCACUAACCCCGAAGAUACGGUUUUAACUAGUUUCGGGGUCAGAAGUCCACCCCUUUUGAUAUCACUGCAAAACCGUUUUUAAUUUUAUUACAAUUAUUACAAUCUAACCUAACGUAAUGGCUUUUAUUUAAUGCAGUAUUGUAUAUUCUUCAGACCAAACUAAUACAUGUUUAGACUCUAGACCAGCAUAGUUUUUGUGUAGUUUCAAGCCAUUAUUCUAGAUGUGAUGUAUUCAUAGGUUAUACCGGCUAACGUCGACUUUACACUCGUAGAGCGCUUUCGCACUACGUCCGAUCCGAAUAAUCCGAUCCUACGUCUGAUCCGAAGUAAUUUCUAUGAUAGUUUACGCACUAAGUCCGGCUUCUAUCAUCCGAUUUCUUUCCGUCAACCGUUAUAAAUAGUUCUACGACUACACCGGACCGUAUUUUCACGGGUACGAAUCGGACAUAGUGCGAAAGAGCUCUUACUGUGUUAUUAAUAAAGACGAAGUAAAGUUAUUCCAAGUUUCAAACUUUUUGUCUUUAUCUUAUCUUUGUCACUACAGAAUUACAAGACAGGGAGAAGUAAUUUUAAACUUGGAGUAACUUUACACUGCGUUUAUUAAUAAGUUAAUGUUAUUAAUAGUCGGCUUCCGUUUGUUGGUACGAAUUUAAAUAUAGAUAACAUUCCUUGUUAUAUUACGUAGUUGUACGUACAUUGUGCCUAGUGUAGUAAAUAAUCUUAUGAAAUAUUAAGUAGUUUAAUCGGUUAGUGUGUUCGGACCCCGUCUAAUAUAGAUGAUUUAUUUAAAACUGUGGACAUUUUUAAAUAUUUUGCUAUACAAUUUUUAAAUAGAAUACUUACUGAAUAUGCUCCAAAUAAUAUUAAUAUCGCUUGUAGGCAGUUAUAACGCAAAUUCUUAUUCAUGGAACGUUACAUUGUAAGUAUCGAUUGAUUUUUAUGCCCAUAAUAUAAUACUAGUUAUUCCUGCGAUAUGUUAAUUCGAUAUGCUUCGAACACCGACAUGAUUCGGAAAA